UAAAAGUUGUUUCACGGCCAGAGUGGCCUCACCUGUUCUAACCGCCACAAGAAAACUGCAAGACCCAACAUGCGGCAGGUUCUCUGAUUCAGUAGUGACGAGGCUAGCAUUCGCGCCGACUGGCUCCUUCUACUGACGAGUGGUGGUGAGUCAUUAGGCUCGCCAGCCCAAGCUCUGGCCUCCAGCCAGCAAUGACAAGGACAGCAGUGUUGAUCCUUUGGCUAGGCAUUGUUGUGGGACACAAGUACCAGCUAGAGCAAUAUGACUCCUUACGCGUCGCAAGAUGUACGGCCGCUUGUUGGACGGUUACGUCCUCGUCCAGAGAAGGGUGUAUAGACACUUGUCUGUCGGCAGACUAUGUCAAGCCCGGCUUCUGUCCAAACGGCUCGGCACUGUCCCUGUUCGACGCAGCAUGCAUUGAAGCUUGCCACAGCGAUCCAGAAUGCUCUAGCACUGACAAAUGCUGUUCUCAUAGUUGCGGAAUCACCUGUCAGCGUGCCCAAGGUCUUGACACCGUCCCAGGUCUCCCACCAAUCCCGACCAACCUCUCUGUAACGGAGCGACGGAGAGGCCGUACUGUGGUAGUGGAGUGGUCCGCAGAGCCCCAAGAACCGGCGGGAUAUGGCAGUCCGGUUCUGUUCCUGCUGGAAGAGAGGCAUCAUGUGGGACGCCACUUCACGACUGCUCGCCUCAGCAACUGGGUACCCAGACACCGGUCGUCGCGAACCAACGUCACCUUGAAGAACUCUCUCCGUCCAGGACACUGGUACCAGUUCCGCGUGGCAGCGAUCAGCGCAAACGGCACGCGAGGAUUUUCUGAACCGUCCGCUCCAUUCACGCUCUCAGUUGCUCCGAAGCCACCUGGCCCACCGCUGAAGCUAUCCGUCGGUUCGCUGGUGAGAGUGAACGGCACCUUGUGGGGAGAGCUCAGCUGGGAACCCCCUGUAUCGGACUUACCCAUUCAACGGUAUAAAGUGUUUUGGAGCCGUCAACUGCAAGGCGCAACCUCACCCCUCAUAUCUGUACUGGUGAAUCAUCAGACAGUACCACGGGACGUUACAAAAUUUGCUCUGAAACAUUUGGAGCCUGAGUCACUGUACUUCCUGCAGGUGCAAGCCCUUGCACAAUUCGGCCGUGAACGACUUAAAGGAGAGAAAGAAGCCAUCUUCCUCAACACUGCAGAUCAUAAGAAUGUCAGUGAAGUUAGCACUGGAUUUCAUGAUGGAAAUGGUAAGCGAAGCGCUCGUCGAGUAGAGGGGCUGAAGGUACAGAAAGUAUAUUGGAAUCGUGGCCAACUCCAGGCAAGGAUCAUAUGGACACCAAGACCCAUUAUGAAAGAGGACACAUCUCUGAGGUACACAGUUGCUUUGUGGUCUGGACAGUGCCAGAACUCUGAUGUUACCACAUUGCAACCACGCAGCCAGCUAGCUGCAACCACAGAGGUGACACAGUAUGACCUAUACAACCUGAGUUUCUGCUGCAAGUAUCGAGUGACAGUACAAGAAACAAGCCCAGGCGGAGGAAUUUUUCAUCAACAUGAAGCCACUCUUAUGUUCAUGACUCCGGCUUGCAAUGAACUGCAGGCCACUAGCCUUAGCCAGGACAGACCGGAUUGCUCACAGUUUGGCAGCUGUCUGUGAAAGCCUCAUUGUGACAUGAUUACAACACAACGUACUCGACGGGUGAAAUGUCAUUGAGAUAACACAUUUCUUAUGUUGAGAAAAUAAAUUAUUAAUUUCUAUUGUGGUCUUCUGGGUUAUGACAUCAUGUAGUCUGGAAGGUGGGUAGUCUGUAGACUAGUGAUUUCCACCCUAGGAGAGUCCAAGGGGGUUUGGAGGAGAGUGAAUUCAUGAUAAAAAAUAGUAUUUUAUUAGAGCUAUUAGAGUCUAAUAUUUAUCAUCAAUAUUGAUCGAUAAAUGAAGGGCAGGAUACAAAAAUUCUCAUUUUAAAACUUUUAAAAUGUACAGAGUUUUUCUGUGGUGCUAAUUAAGAGUUAGUUGUUGGUUAACAGUAAUAUAAACGUGAAUGCAAGGAGUUAACAUUUCAAUAAAAGGACCGUUGAGGGCAUAAAGGUUUGGUAAAAGUAAAAAAGGGGGAAUCAUGUCAAAACAUCUGGACCACUGCUGUGAUGGAGACAGUAUUUUCCCCUAUAACAUUUUUGGCCACCUACUAGACUACAAGGUGUUAUAAUCCAGAAGGCCAAAAUAUGAAUCUACAGUCAAACAAACAUAUACGAUACAUGCACAUGUAAUUUCUGUUCUGUAAAAUCAGAAGUAUUAUCAUAUGCUUCAUCAUUUUCAUGCUUCAUAAGUAAUUCUAAUUCACUAAUCCUAAAUUUGCUGAAUAAUUUAUCACCCAAACAGAACCGAGAUUGAAACUUUCAGCUAAGUAACUUACUCAGAACAUCUAAAAACAAAUGCAUCACAACAAAAAUUUUUACUAUAAGCAUUCAGUCACAUAAUUGUAUUAUUGUUUUUAUUAUAUUUCAGUAUUCGAUCUGAAGUCUUUAAUACCAUAAUUAUGUAUGUUCAGCAAUGACAAAAUACCUUAUGAUACAUACAAACAAUGAAACGGUUACAAACAAACACAUAUUAUGAACAUAAAAUUAAUGCUUACAUUCAUCACUAAUUGUAGGAGAAUGAGUAGUGGAUGCUAUGCAUGAUCUUGUUGGUUCAUAUUUUAAUUACUAGUGCAUAAAUUUGCGGCUCUGUGAUAAAAAUAUCAUUUUAAGAAAUGAACAGAAUAAAGAUGGUUUAUUUGAAUCAGA